AUGACCUUAUCCCCACCUGUCUCCCCAGGUGUGACUCUGUACACCUGUUCCACCUGGAGAAUCCUGCAGAAGGUUUCCUGGCAGGUGCUAACGUUUCCAAGUAAGUUCAUCAUCAUCAUCAUCACCAUUGCUCUUCUCUGGCAUUUACAAAGAACCCACUCCCAUGAUGGCUUCUCAGACCCACUGCUGUGGGAGGAACAGAACAGAGAUUCCUCAUUGGACAGAAUAGACCUAACCUCUCCUCCAGACUUUCUGGAGCACAUUAAAAAGACACCUUCCCAAGCAUCAACAGUUGCUGUUGUCAUAGACUCCCUGACACCCUUCCUACAGAAGUACCCAGGCUAUGUCAUCUGUAGGGCCUUGCAGAGGCUGCUGAGAGCUAGGCUAGAAUCAGAUGGAACAGAAGUUUCCCAGGUUGUUGCUGGUUUCCAUGGAGAUCUCCAUGACAACAGCACAGCCGCCGCCCUGCGGCACAUGGCGACCACCUGGGUCCAGCUGCAUGAGGGGGCGGAGUCUCCCGCGCAGGGCGUGGCUGGUUUCCAUGGCAACUGUGAGGUCUUACACAGAAGGAAGUCUGGGAAGGUUAUACGACAGGAUGAGGUUUACCACAUCUCCCCCCAGUGGAGCCUGACAUCAGGGGUACAGAAAACACCAGUCAGGCCAGCGGUGCAAGGGGACCAGGAGCCCCAGGCUGACCCAACAGCCAACUUGACCUUUAACCUCCGACUGACUGACACAGAGAAGGAAGCCAGGAGCAGGGUCGUGCUGCCGUACAUGCACCAUCAGAGGAAAAAGGCCACAGACAAGCCAGCAGCGACUCCAGGAGGACAAAUCUUCUACCAGCCGGACGAUGUGGAUGACUUUGAUGAGGAAGAUCCUGAUGAUGAUCUGGACUUCUGAUUGGCUGGUUCAAAUGUGAUGCUGUGCAGUGAUUGGUGGAUGACUUUGAUGAGGAAGAUACUGACGAUGAUCUGGACUUCUGAUUGGCUGGUUCAAAUGUGAUGCUGUAAAGUGAUUGGUGCAUUUAAAUCUAGCUAUCCCAAUCAGUCUUACAACUGAAACUAAAGUGAAAGCAUUAAAAGAAGUGUGAAUGAAAGUGACUAGGGAAAUGUUACAACUAUGUACAGUAGAUAGUUAUGUGUAAGCUAGCUUUCUGUAUUUAGGUUUUAAGAAAUGAUGCAAGAUGUGGAAAGAAAUACACUAUUUAUUACCUUACUUUAUGUACAUGUUUCAAACUAGCUUUUGUAAGAAUGUCGGGAACGUUUCUAUGAUCUAUACUCGUCAGCAGAACUUAUACAAGAAAGUCUCUGUAUAAUACUUUUUGCAAAAUAAAGUGAUGUUCUGAAAUUCA